AUUGCGAAACUGUCAAAGUCAAUUACCAAGAACCGAGUUCUAUCUUAAUUUCUGUUUUAUUUUGUUUUAACCUUUUUUAAAUGCUUUAUUAUACGAUAUUUGUAAUUCGUUAAGUAUAUAAAACAUAUUUGAAUACUGUUAUUUAAGUUGUAAUCUGAAAGAAGUGAAAUCGUAAAUCAUGGAAGAUAUAUUUCAAUGGUGCAGAGAAGGAAAUGCAUUACAAGUGAGAGUCUGGUUAGAUGAUACUGAACAUGAUAUGAAUCAAGGAGAUGAUCAUGGAUUCAGUCCUCUACAUUGGGCGUGCAAGGAAGGUCAUUUGAAGAUUGUGGAGAUGUUGAUCAAGAGAGGAGCUAGGAUCAAUGUGACUAAUAUGGGAGAUGACACACCAUUACAUUUGUCAGCGGCACACGGUCACAGACCUAUAGUGCAGCUGCUCCUCCAGAACCGAGUGGAUGUGAACUUCACCAAUGAGCAUGGUAAUUCUCCGCUGCACUAUGCGUGUUUCUGGGGUUACAGUGCCAUCGCCGAAGACUUGGUACUAUCUGGAGCACUGGUUUCACUUGCCAACAAGGAUGGAGAUACACCCUUGGAUAAAACAAGAGGUCAACUUGUACAACGACUCCACGAGCUGGCGGUGAAUCAAGGGCAAGAUUUGAAGAAGAUCCAAUUCAUAGAUCGCUCAUGGCUCGGCCUCAAGACGAGGAGCCGUGACGCAACCCUCUCCAGACACAAGGGGAUCAACAUCAGUGAACUUGCGCUACAUACAAGGAUCGCUGUUACACCGUCUGGUGAGACAUGGCGCGGCAGAUGGCAGAAGAAUGACAUAGUUGCCAAGAUAAUAGCAGUUAGGGAGUGUACACCGAGAAUACAGAGAGAUUUUAACGAGGAAUUCCCCAAGUUGAGAAUAUUUUCACAUCCAAAUAUACUGCCUGUGGUGGGUUGUUGCGUGUCACCGCCAUCUUUGGUGGUGAUCUCUCAGUACAUGUCGUGGGGUUCUCUACACGCCCUGUUGCACGACGGCGGGGGGCGAGUGCUCGUGGACGCGGGGGCUGCGGUCAGACUGGCUCGGGACGUGGCCGCCGGCAUGGCGUACUUACACUCGCUCCAAAGAGACAGAGUACUACCACAGUACCAUCUAAACAGCAGACAUAUAAUGAUCGAUGAGGACUUGACAGCUCGCAUCAAUAUGGCGGACGCGAAGUUUUCGUUCCAAGAGCGCGCGCGUGUUUAUCAACCGGCUUGGAUGUCUCCGGAGGCGCUCACGAAGCCUAGCAGCAAGAGAAACUGGGAGGCAGCGGAUAUGUGGAGCUUCGCCGUGUUACUGUGGGAACUGGCCACCAGAGAGAUUCCAUUCGCCGAUCUCUCACCAAUGGAAUGCGGUAUGAAGAUAGCGCUGGAAGGGCUCAGAAUUACAAUACCCCCUGGCGUCUCACCUCACAUCUCCAAACUCAUCAAAAUCUGCAUGAACGAGGACCCUGGGAAACGACCCUCCUUCGAAAUGAUACUUCCCAUACUAGAAAAGAUGAAACGCUGAUAAAUCUUAUCAAAUGACGACGGUGAAGUACUUUUAGCUAACAUAUGAAUAUUAAAAUCCAAAUGUAUCCAUCACUUUUUGUAACAAUGAAGUAAUAACAAAGAAUUCUUAUCUCAGUGAUGCUGUCCUGAAUUUUCUCUUUGUUGUAGAACAUAAAUAUAUAUGACAAUAAAAUAUUAAAACUAUCUUCAAUGUUAAAAAAUGUUGACAGUGCCAUUACCCCUUCAAACCCUGCCACCAAAUAUUUUAGUUUUUAAAUGUUGUAAAAAAAGGAAAUGAGCAUAAGUUUGAAGGGAAUAAAGUGAUAGUUGUACGGAAACAAUCACAAAACACAAGCUUAGUUACUGCCACUCCAUGUUGUUAGAAAUAGGUUGUAUUUUUGAAGAUUUUCAUUUAUUUAGACUUGUAUUAAUUUAAUUCAUAAGUUUAUUUUGAAAAACUAAUUUAUUAAAUUUUAUAUUAAUUAAAGAAUAUAUAUAUUUCUCCCUAAAAUAUAAAUAAUGUUUCUCUAUAUUAAAUAAAUGUUACAUUGUACUAUGAAUCUCCAAUCACCUAUCGGGUUGUUUGUGUUGCAAUAUAUUUUCCACCAGACUUAUGUAUAUGAUAAUUCAAAUAAAUAUUAUUUAGGGACAAAAUUAAUCUAAAAAUCAAUCCAUUGUAUGUAUGUUUAUUGUAUAAGGAAAGCUUGUAAAGUGUAACAUUAGUGUACUUGUAGCUAAUAACAACAUGAAAGCUUUGUCCUCAUCUGUUGUGCCUUACAUUAUUUAAAUAGGUGCCUAAGUGUCUUUACAAAUGAAUUUUAUAUACUAAAAGUUGUAUUAAAAUGUUAUAUUUUUAUGGUAAUGAUGUAACAAAAAAAUAUUAAUGUAAUGAAGUAACAAUAUAAA